AUGCUAACAUCCAGGUUAGCGCUCGUCUUGGGCCAUUUUUGUCUAUUGCCUGCGCUUGUUUUCGGUGCUGAGGCUACGGCGGAUAGCACGUCUGCCUCAUCAUGCGGUGCUCAUCCCACGAGCGCCUCUACCGCUCCAUCAGGCGCCAUAGUCGUUGACUCAACCAGCUCAACAACUGGCUCUUUCUCUAAUUUGACUGCUGCACUGGCGUCGCUACCUAGCGACUCUUCGUGCCAGACAGUUUUUAUGAAGCCUGGAACUUAUGUUGAACAAGUUUCCGUCAACCGACCUGGUCAGACUGUUAUCAUUGGGUACACUACCGAAAACCCUGGCAAGGAGUAUUCCGGUAACCAGGUGACUGUCUCAUACAGCCGUGGUCUUUCCGUAUCACCACUCCCUGCAGGCCACUCAGAUCCCGAGACAGCCGUCAUCUCUACUGCGUCUUCCAAUGUUGCUUUCUACAAUGUCAACUUCAUUAACACCGACAACCUAGACGGGGCUACUGCUAAUUAUGUAACCCUGGCUGCUUCGAUUUACGGUAGCCACAUCGGAUUUUACGGAUGCAAUUUCACGGGCUGGCAAGACACCCUUCUUACUGGGUCAACCAGUGGCUAUCAGUAUUACGAGUCUUCCUACAUAGACGGAGCUAUCGACUUUAUCUGGGGUUAUUCUGCUGCGUAUUUCAAAGGAUGCACCAUUGCUGCUAAGAAGACGGGAGCUGCUAUUACAGCACACAACCGCCAGGAUUCGUCUGGCAUAGGGAUAUAUGUAUUUGACCAGUGCCUCGUAACUGCUGCAGAAGGUUAUGAGUCCGCGACCAAAUCAGGAGUUUAUCUAGGAAGACCUUAUUCUGAGUAUGCGAGAGUCGUUUUCAAGGACUCUUACUUGGAUUCUGUCGUUCAACCGGCUGGUUGGGAGCAAUGGAGUUCAUCAGACCCUCGACUAGACGAUAUAUUAUUCGCUGAGUUCAAUAACACCGGCCCGGGGAACUGGGAGAAUAAUGCUGCCGCGCGUGAGGGCUUUGGUAAAGCAACAUUGUUGACAUCGGAUACCUAUACCCUCUCUAGUGUCAUGGACUCGACUUCCUGGAUUGAUUCGACGUAUUGGAAUAGUAUUAGCACGCCUUCGAAGAUUCUGACACGAAGAAGUGAUAUCGAAGAGCUUGUUAUUAUAUCUUCUGAGGCAAACUCCACCUCUCCAGCUGCGGGUGAUUACAUCGUGUCUAAGACCCCUAUUCAAGGCAAAACCGUCUACUCAAUUUUCACUGAAGCAAUAGAAGCUAUCCAGAAGAUCUCAAGCGACGAAACUGUAACGCUUUUCAUAUAUCCCGGUCUUUACAAAGAACAGAUCGUCUUUAGCAGAUCUGGUACCACCAUCUUCCGUGGCUACUCGGAGAACCCAUCUGACAACACGCAAAACCAAGUCGUUCUCCAAAACAGUGUUGGGGUUGAUACGCAAGCCGACCAAAGCAACUCAGACUCGGCGACACUGUACUCCCGGGCCAAGAACCUUCAGCUUUUCAAUAUCAACAUGAAUAACGUUUUUGGGCAGACACACAACUACGCGUCCCUCGGGUUUGCUAGUGGUAAUAACGGAUAUACAUCCUUCUACGGAUGCCAGAUUACUGGUAACCAAGACACUUUCGACAUGAACACCGGGACCAGCGUAUUUGCGUAUAACACCCUCGUCGAAGGGUCGAUUGAUUUCAUCUGGGGUGCGGGAACAGCGUAUUUCCUCAACUCCACGAUCGUACCAAAUACGGACGGUGGCAGCAUAGCAGCUAUGAAAAGAGAUUCUAGCACCGCCGCCGGUGGCCUCGUAUUUGACCAAUGUACUAUUGCGGCGACCAAGGACGUCACAGCGGGCUCGAUCUUCCUCGGUCGGCCAUAUAAUGAGUACUCUCGGGUUGCAUAUAUCUAUACCUAUCUAGACGACUCGAUAUCAGCAGCAGGUUGGUCAGUUUGGGGGAAGUCUGAUCCCCGAACGGACAACAUUCUCUUCGGCGAGUACCAUAACAACGGUCCCGGGGCUUCUACGAGCGGCCGUGCCUCCUUCUCGCAACAACUUACCGACGCGGAUGCUGAGCAGUUUCAAUUUGCCAAUUUCUUCUCUUCACAGGGAACUUCAUGGAUUAACAUGGCAUAUGUUAAAACUACCCCUUUUUGA